AUAGCCUGGCAUUGAAAACUGAUUUAUGUCUUUAACAUUCCAAACUUCUGAUAAUGCGACUAUAUCAAAAAAUGAUUUAAAUUCAUCUUCAUAUACUUCUUUCAACAUUUCAAAAUUGCGAUUCAAAGAUCUCACAUUCACGUGCGAAAUGGAGAAUGACUGAGAAAGAGCUUUUGUCGAGGAAAAAUUUUCAGGAGAAAGUGAUGCUGUUGUUAUUUGAAAUGGAUCAAAUUCUUCGUUAUCAUUAAGCGAAAUUCUGUUGAUAAUUGUAGUAUCCAUUACGUUCAUAGGUAUUACGUAAAAGAUAAAAUAAAGACAUACAACUUAUUUACAGUUAUUUCAGCUUCGAAAUAUCUUCUUUCGAGAGUAUGAUGACAGGAGCUGAUUUCUCGUCCUUCCUGACAUAUAUUUUUCCAUUGUAAGUCCACAAGAACUUGUACCCAGCAUCUUUUCUAGCUCCAUUGGCGAGUCCUAGCAGCUCUCUUGUAGCACCGACGAGGUUCUCGUUGACGAAGAUCUUCAAAGUGCUGCGAGGGUUGAUUCCAAGAUCCGCAGAAGUUGUGCCCCGUAGAUGCUUCCUACCAUCAUAGACAGCAUUCCUAGCUCUUCGAUUGGUAAACCUGACAAUUAUUGGUCUUGGAUGCUUGGCAGACGGUUUCGGUGCUCCGAGGCGGUGUGCGAUAUCGAUGUCGCCAGCGGUGAUAUCUGGGUCGAUCCUUUUGGAGAUGAUCAAUGCUACAUCUGCUGGGUUCUCCUGCUUCUCCUCUGGAAUCCCAGCGAUCUCAAGGUUUUGCCUCCUAUGAUACUGGUCGAGGUCCUGAACUUGACGAUCAAGGUCAUCCACUCUUUUCUUAAGUGCCUGGGCCCGUAUUCCAUAAACGAGAUAAGCAUGCUUAAGUCAAAAAUCUAAGCAUUUUGUCUUAUUUUUUUGUCUAAGACAAAAGUCUUAGCCAAAACGCGUAUUCCAUUAAGAAUUGGCUAAGAAUUUUGUCUAAGAAUUUGGCUAAGAAUUUUUGCGCGACUAAGACAGAUUUAGGAUGAAUGGCUAAGUAACUUUUCUUAAAUAUGCAGAGUCUGUAUUCCAUAAAUUCUACAUGGCUAAGAAUUUUGCCCUAACUUUAAGACAGCUGUGAGCUGUCUUAAAUUUGGUUGCCGUAUAGCAUAAACAGUAAAGAUGGCAGCUUUCAUCCACCGCCUGCACCACAACCAGCAUGAAAUGAGACGGUAUUUGGCAGACAGACGAGUUCAUCCCUUGAAUACAUACACCAAUGCUGAACUCAUCCAACGCUAUCGAUUCGACAGGGAAGGUAUUCUUUACAUCACCAAUCUCAUCUACGAUGACAUUGCCCCUAGAGCGAAUCGAAACUUUCCUAUUGAACCCAUAGAUAAGAUAUGCACAGCUUUGCAUUUCUAUGCCACUGGCUGUUUCCAGCGGACUGAUGGCGACACACUUUGUAUCUCUCAACCAUCUGUGUCAAAGAUAAUCACGCAGGUUACCGACGCCUUACUGACCAAACUGCAUCAAUUCGUGCAUCUGCCAAAUGAUGUGGAAAGGCGGCAAAACAUGGACAGAUUUUUUGGUAUCGCUAACUUUCCUGGCAUUGUUGGCCUUAUUGACGGCACCCAUGUGAGGAUACAAGGACCAACGGAGAACGAAGAUCAGUUCGUCAACAGAAAGAGGUACCACAGCAUCAAUGUUCAAAUUGUGGUUGACGCAAGUUACAGGAUCAUCAACAUAGAUGCCCAGUGGCCUGGCAGUGUGCACGAUUCACGUAUUUUGAGAGAAAGUGGACUGGGUGAGAUCCUCAACAAUGGAGACGGUCAUCUCUUGGGAGACAGUGGGUAUCCUUCUCGACGAUGGUUGGUCACUCCAUUUCUCAGGCCACAGACUCCUGCUGAGGAACGGUUCAACAGGGCUCACAAGCUCACUCGAAGUAUGGUGGAAAGAGCCAUCGGUCAGCUGAAACGACGUUUCCACUGUUUACAUGGAGAGCUGAGAGUAUCCCCCUCGAAGGCAAGUCGGAUCAUCGGAUGCUGUUGUAUCUUGCACAACAUUGCCAAGAUGCUGAAUAUACCAGACGUGGAAGGAGAAGAUGAGGAUGACUUUAACCAACCGCCACAAGACAAUGCCGAGCAACAUGGGUUAGGUGGCCAAGCAUAUCGGCAACAAAUUGUCAAUAAUCACUUCACACGGUAAAUCUCAUAGAGAUUGUCCGCUGUCCUCUUUGGUGCUCGCUUUGGUGCUGUAUGAAACCCAGACUUCAUGGACAAGCGAGAUGU